ACAACAGCAGCCAGCCAACCACACAGGCACACACUCGAUAGAAUUUAAAGAACUCAUAAAGGUUAACGAGUGAAGAGUCAAAAGUCUCUUUACAAGGGUCAAAGGACACACGUCAGACAGCGAGUGGAACAUCGUGGGAUUGCUUCGCUAUGUACUAUACACGUGUCAUUCACAGAGACAAAAACUCCGUGUGCUCCCCACAUAUCCGUUAUCUCUCCUCCGGCCAAUAUAAACACCAAUUCUCACUCUCACUUUUUAUACUAACUACACACUUGAAAAAGAAUCUACCUGAAAAGAAAAAAAAGAGAGAGAGAUAUAAAUAGCUUUACCAAGACAGAUAUACUAUCUUUUAUUAAUCCAAAAAGACUGAGAACUCUAGUAACUACGUACUACUUAAACCUUAUCCAGUUUCUUGAAACAGAGUACUCUGAUCAAUGAACUCAUUUUCAGCUUUUUCUGAAAUGUUUGGCUCCGAUUACGAGCCUCAAGGCGGAGAUUAUUGUCCGACGUUGGCCACGAGUUGUCCGAAGAAACCGGCGGGCCGUAAGAAGUUUCGUGAGACUCGUCACCCAAUUUACAGAGGAGUUCGUCAAAGAAACUCCGGUAAGUGGGUUUCUGAAGUGAGAGAGCCAAACAAGAAAACCAGGAUUUGGCUCGGGACUUUCCAAACCGCUGAGAUGGCAGCUCGUGCUCACGACGUCGCUGCAUUAGCCCUCCGUGGCCGAUCAGCAUGUCUCAACUUCGCUGACUCGGCUUGGCGGCUACGAAUCCCGGAGUCAACAUGCGCCAAGGAUAUCCAAAAAGCGGCUGCUGAAGCGGCGUUGGCUUUUCAAGAUGAGACGUGUGAUACGACGACCACGAAUCAUGGCCUGGACAUGGAGGAGACGAUGGUGGAAGCUAUUUAUACACCGGAACAGAGCGAAGGUGCGUUUUAUAUGGAUGAGGAGACAAUGUUUGGGAUGCCGACUUUGUUGGAUAAUAUGGCUGAAGGCAUGCUUUUACCGCCGCCGUCUGUUCAAUGGAAUCAUAAUUAUGACGGCGAAGGAGAUGGUGACGUGUCGCUUUGGAGUUACUAAUAUUCGAUAGUCGUUUCCAUUUUUGUACUAUAGUUUGAAAAUAUUCUAGUUCCUUUUUUUAGAAUGGUUCCUUCAUUUUAUUUUAUUUUAUUGUUGUAGAAACGAGUGGAAAAUAAUUCAAUACAAAACAAAUCGUUUUCU